AUGGCGCGCUCAAGCUCACCCCAUCCCUCAAUUUCUCUUAUGGACAUCUUCAUCGGUUCUGGCCGCACGAUUCGUAGACCCACCGGACCCCCAGGAAUGCCCUUCUUGCAGAUCCACCCAACAAGAAAAACCGAGCUCGUUCAAGUGCGCCCAAGAAAAGGCAGCGGCGAUUCAAAGCCCGCCACCCCCGUCAAACCAUCCAGCAAGAGGGCAAUCGCCGGCUCUGACGCCAAGUCGAACAGCAAAAAGGAGGAAGCGCCAGCUGCCCCCAAGUCGAGCAGCAAGAAAGAAGAAUCACCUUCUGGCUCAAAACCAAACAGCAAAAAGGACGACAGCCCACCCGACAGCAAGCCAAGCAGCAGCAAGGAAGACAUUGCGCCUCACGACAGCAAGCCCAGCAGUUCAAAAAGCGACAGCAAAUCCAAUAGCAAAAAGGACGAUAGCAAGCCCAACUCAAAGCCAACCAGCGCCAAAGCACCUUCCGAAGAAAAGGCCGCAGACGACAAAGAGGCAAGCGCGAAGAAAUCGGACGGGAAGAAGCCAGAAGAGCCUGAAGCUAGUGGCAGCAAACCUCAAGCCAACGAUCAGCAAUCAUCAGACCUCAUCGUCUUCACUGCAGAAGAAGACGCAAAAAUCUUACAAAUGAAGACCGACGGCGUUGACGCAAAAGUCAUCGGAGCGGAAAUCGGUAAAGGCAAGAAACAGGUCAACAGGCGUUUCGACCAGAUCAAACCUAAAGACUGGAAGCCAGAGAAGGCACGCAGGGACGCCGCUGCCGCCGCCGAGAUGAAGAAGGACAAGCCCUCUGAGAAGCAGCUCUCCAAGGUUCCCAAGAAGGAUGACAAGGCUGUUGAAGUCAAGCCCAAGUCCAACGUUGUAGAGAAGACCAGAAAGCCAGAGGACGCCCCUACAGCAAUCCUGUUGGCCGGCAAGGUCCAACACCAACACGACGUCCGUCACAGACACGCUCAUCAGCACGACCAUCACAUCCACGUCCACGACACUCACGAAUCUCGUCCUCGUCGAGAACCCCACGACACCCAUGAAUCUCGUCCUCGCCGCGACAAGGACCGCACUCAUGAAUCUCGUCCUCGCCACCGCACCCAACCUGUCCUCGACCCUACAGACUCAGGCUACGGCUCCAACCACCGCUCUCGCCGUCCUCGUCCUCCCCCCUCCGUCGCCGCCUCUACCGCCUACACCAUAAAAACCAUGCCCUCCCUUACCGAAGACGACCUAUUCUCCUUUGGCGAACUGCAAGCGCUGUCUGAACUCAUCGGCAAGGAUAUGGAAGGUAUGUGGCAUAGAGUCAGUGCUGCAUUCUUCGGCAUGACUGGACGCAGGAUUCCGGCCGAGGAUAUCAAGGAGAAGUUUGAGGGGUUGGAGGUUGAGUGAUUGGGGAGAUGGGAAGAUGGAUUGGAGAUAGGGGUGGGUGGUGAGAUUGGGGAUGAAGAUAGGCUGGGAUUAUGAGGCUGGUGGUUCACAAUGACCAGGGCGGUCGUAAUGGAUGAUGGACGAGGAAGAUUCACAGAAAAGGAGCGCUCAAUGAUCAUCAACUAACGGCCGAGCUCAUUUCUCCGAAAACAGGGUUCCGUAGUCUCUAUGCAGGACCUCCUUCUUGAAC